AUGUCCGGCCCUGGAGACUUUUAUUAUCUUUGUGGGACCAUUGUGGGCUUCGAAUAUCCUCUGCCUCGAAGUUGGCAGAUCGACAAGAGACUCUCCGAAGUGUACGCCAAACUGACCCAACACCAAGUGGAUGGACGGUGCGCAUCUGCUAUCACCACCUUCGUGACCCUGGCCCUCGAGGGCACUUUGGUCCUCUAUCAGACAAUUCAGAGCCUGCAGUCGCGGGAGAAGGUAAUUCGUGAGCUUCGUCAGGAACUGGAAGCUCUUCAAGGGGUGCUUCAGACUCUUUGGGGAUCAACCGAUAAUCUUGAUGUCGAUUUAGCAUCGCUGGAGCAACCACUCACCAGGUGUAAAAAUGCCUGUGGGGAUUUUAAUGCCCAUUUUACUGGUCGUCAGGCACGCCUUGGAGCCCCGUCAUCUACCAGAGCUUCUUGUGAUCUUUCAUCUCCGGUACUUAUUUUGCUAAACGCUGAAAACCCCCCCCCAAGUGGAUGGGAAUAUCGCAAUCAAGUCCAGUUCAUGUCCAUAAAAAAGAUGCUAGAAAAAUAA